CGCUGAGCUGAGCGGGGCGGGGGAGGGCGUGGCGUGGUGAGGUUCUCGGCGCUGCGGAGCGCGUAUGGCGGCUGAACUGGGUCAGUGCAGUAGCCGCGUUCUCAGAGCGUCUCUCGUUCUUUGUUAACCGGGGCGGAACCCAGCUACGGCGAGCAGUGAGGCCCACAGCUUCCAUGCAAGCUGCCCCCGCCUCCCCCCAGGGGCAUCCGGUCCUGUGCAAGGCUUGAGCUGCUUUUCAUUACUGACCAGGUCAAGAAGCCAUUCAGUUCCUGUUUAAUAACCAAAUAAAAUGGCAUCUAGACAGAUCACACAGGAAACGUUUGAUGAUGUGGUGCAAGAAAACAUCAUGGAAUUUGAAAUGGAUCCAGAUGAGGCUGUGAAAGAAGCUAUCCAGCAAUUUGAAUCUCAGGGUGUUGAUCUGAGUACUAUUGUGAAAGCUGCACGGAAACCCACCUCUGAAAAUGGCCAAGAGCAAAAACACGACAUUUUGCAGACAUUAGACUCGCUCAGGAAAUCCAUUGCUGACUCUGCACUCAGCGAGGUCGGUGAGCAGCUAGUGCGCUUCAGUGAGCAAUGCAGAGAACAGCUGGCUGUCCGCUACUUGGCUGGGCAGAAAGGUGCCUGUCCUGUGGUGCUGUCUGCCUGCAAGCUGGCCUCAGGAGACAGAAGUGCCAUGCUCAAGGCCCUGCAUGCUUUGUCUGCCCUCAUGGAUGGGCAGCCAGACCUGCUCGACUCUGCAGGCCAAGAGCUGUUGCUGCAAACACUGAAGGAAAACGCAGAUGAUGCUGAAAUGACUCUAGCUGGGAUCCGGUGCAUCCGACAUGCCUGUCUGAAACAUGAGCAGAACCGCCAGGAACUGGUGAAAGGUGGCAUCCUGCCAUUGCUGACGGGUGCCAUUGUCCGGCAUGGCAGCUGUGCUGGGGUGGUCCGGGAGGCCUCCUCAGCGCUCAGGGUCAUGACAUUUGAUGAUGACAUCCGGGUGCCUUUCGGCCAUGCCCAUGAUCAUGCCAAGAUGAUUGUAUCAGAAAACAACGGUUUAAAGAUCCUCAUAGAGGCUGCCAAAGCGUUCACAGACAACUCCAGCGUUCUCCGUGAGCUUUGUGCCACCUUGGCUCGCCUGUCCGUCCGGAACGAGUUCUGUCAAGAGAUUGUGGACCUUGGAGGCUUGAAUUUCAUGGUGGCCCUUCUGGCUGACUGCAUUGACCACCAGGAGCUGGUGAAGCAGGUGCUGAGCGCCAUGUGGGCCAUCUCAGGGAACGAUGAUGUGAAAGACGCCAUAGUCAACACUGGAGGAACAGACCUCAUUGUGCUGGCUAUGAGCCAUCAUCUUGCUAGCCCUCAGUUGUUUCAGCCAAUGACUCCCCUCUUCCUCUUGGUCCUGCAGAUCUGUGAACAGGGCUGUGCAGCCUUGUGCAUGCUGGCCUUGCGCAAGCCAGAGAACUGUAAAGUCAUCAUGGAAGGCGGAGGGGCCUUGGUAGCUCUUCAGGCCAUGAAGAUGCAUCCAAGAGAAGUUGCUGUGCAGAAACAGGCCUGCAUGCUGAUCCGGAACCUGGUCUCCCGGAACCGGGACUUCUCUCAGGCUAUCCUGGAGAUGGGAGCUGAGAACUUGAUUGUGGAGGCUCGUGCGGUGCACCAGGAUUGUGACGACAUAGCCAAAGCUGCCUUGAGAGACCUUGGCUGUAAAGUGGAGCUCCGAGAGCUGUGGACAGGCCAAAAGGGAAGCCUGGCUCCCUAAACCGCUGCCCCCGAGAGCCCUGGAAGCUUGGGACAUCUCCAUAUGCAGCAUCUACAGGCAAACGUGGCGUCAAAUAAUCUGCACUUGAAACUGGUCCUGAGCAGCUGAAGAGAAUUCCUGGCCUGUGAGGCUCUCGUGUGGGCUGUACUACACAGGGACAUCUAAGCUGUUGCUGAGAUGGCUUUGUGUAUAUAGGUUACAGAUACACAGAACUUGUUGUGAUGAUCUACUCUCUCUACAACUUGAUGCCUGGGAAAGACCUACUUCUCCCUUCCCCUCCCCCCCACGUUGCUGUGUUACUUAUUUAUUGUAUGGGCUGUUCCUAUGUGUGUCUGUCCAUGUUGUGAUCCAAAGUGGAUCUCUUCCUGCAG